UAAUUGUGGAAACUGGAAAGGUAAUUUGCUGUUAAGUCGCUAAAGCCUCGCCUCUACUUUCUUUCCUUUUCCACGAAAACGUAAUGGCACGGGAAAAUGACGCAAAGACGAUCGUGAAGCCGACACAUAGGUGAUAUGCCAUGUCUGAAAACACCAAAGCCCAAAACGGCAGGUAAGUCCCUUGUUCAAGUGUACGUGUGUAUGUGUGUGUAUUCUUCGCUUCGCUCGUCUCUCUUCCGCAAACCGGUGGAUUCGUUACUUUUUGCUUUAUCCAGAUAUUAAUAAAGGUUUCACCUGAUUGAUGGGAUUCUCCUUCUCUUCAAUCCGUUUUGGUUACUUGAAACUCACAUUCCUCCUCCUCGUCUCUUCUAUCCUCUUCGGCUUCUUCGCAACCCCUGUUGAUUCCAGCGCUCUGAAGCCCAAAACAGAGCAUGGCUGCAGUGCCCUGAAGCACUUUCACGACUACCAAUCAAAGUGCGCUUACCUGAAAACCAUCGACCCUUGCGCAGGCCAAGGGUUGAUCGAUUACCUCUCCUUACUCUACUGUAACUUCGAAAAGUUUCCACUUUUGGGCCAAUCUCUCCUCUUCCUCUGGCUCCUCGCUCUGUUCUACGUCUUGGGCCACACCGCUUCUGAGUACUUCUGUUCAUCUCUCGAGUCUCUCUCGAAGCUUCUCAAGUUAUCCCCGACCGUUGCCGGCGUGACUCUUCUCUCUCUCGGCAACGGCGCUCCUGAUCUGUUCGCGAGUUUGGUCUCUUUCAUGGGGGAGUCAAAAGGUACUUACGAUGUUGGUCUCAACACUGUUGUGGGAGGCUCUUCUUUCGUCACGUGCGUCGUUGUGGGCAUCAUAAGCAUCUCGUUGCGUAGUAGACGGGUUAGGAUCGAGAGGUCUGCUUUUAUAAGAGACGUUUGCUUCUUCUGUGCGGCGAUUGGCUCCUUGGGUUUGAUUUUGGUUUACGGAAAAAUCAAUUUAUGGGGCGCUCUUGGGUUCUGUUCGUUGUAUGCUGUUUAUGUCGCCUUUGUGUAUCUAUCUUGGAGGUUUGGUGGAGAAGGUGGUGAGUUUGAUCUUGAGUCGGUUCAUAAGCGUGGGAGUAGUCUUAGCGAACCAAUCUUGCAGAGAGACGAUCUUGUUCAUGAUGAGCGCGUUGAAGAUGUUGUAGUUGUUAAUGAUCAUCAGCGAUAUUACUUGAAGUUGGUGGUUUGGGUUAUGACUUUACCUAUCUACUUGCCAAGAACGCUGACGAUUCCUGUUGUGAGUGAAGCCAAAUGGUCUAAACCAACAGCUGUUGCCUCGGUCACGCUUGCUCCGGUUCUGUUAUCGUUUCUAUGGAACUGGAAGAGGAGUCCAACGAGUUUCGAGGCAGGGAUUGUGUAUCUAACCGGGUGUUUGAUCGGUAUAGCUCUUGGUCUCACUGCAUUAGCCACGACAAAGAAGUCAAACCCACCAAAGAAAUGGUUACUACCUUGGUUAGCAGGAGGGUUUGUAAUGAGCAUGACGUGGAGUUACAUCUCAGCGCAAGAGCUAGUCGCGCUUCUAACUUCACUAGGUUACAUUUUCGGUGUAAGCCCGUCGAUCUUAGGUUUGACGGUCCUCGCGUGGGGGAACUCGAUAGGAGAUCUUAUAACAAAUGUGACCAUGGCUUUGCACGAUGGGGACGAAGGAGCUCAAGUGGCUGUAUCGGGAUGUUACGCGGGUCCCAUCUUUAAUACGUUGUUUGCUCUUGGGAUAUCGCUUGUGGGAUGCGCGUGGGAGGUUUAUCCGACGAGUAUUGUGAUAAAGACGGAUCCUCGUUUGUUGGAGAGUCUUGGGUUUCUGGUGAUAGGACUGGUUUGGUCGUUCUUGGUUCUGUUUAGUAACCGGAUGAGACUUGGUGGUGUGAUGGGGGUAGGGCUUUUGGUUAUUUACUUGGUUUCGUUGUCUAUAAGAAUUGUGCAAACAGUUGGAGAUUCUUACUAACAUUUGAUUUCAA